GCGGUCCGUGGGGCGCGGACGGGCGCCCAGCGCAGCCCCGCACCGCGCUCGGGGGAGCGGGUGCUCCCGGGCGGCUGCACCCCCAUGGAGGCUUUCCCCGGCGGCAAGCUGGAGCAGCACCGGCACCUCCCGCCCGUGGAGUGCCUGCCGGGCGCCCGCUACGGCGGCCGGAGUCACAGCGCCUGCGGGAACGUCUUCAACUCCUGGAACGACUACCUGGGGCUGGCCACGCUCAUCACCAAGGCCGUGCGCCCCGGCAAGGGCUUCGGCGCCGAGCCCCCCUCGGUGGUGGUGGCGGCUGCCGUGCCGCCGGCCGAGGAGGAGGAGGAAGAGGAGGAGGAGGAGGAAGAGGCGGCGGGGCCGUACUUCGAGGGCGCGCUGGACUUGCACGACCUGGACCUGUGCGGGCAUCACCACCACCACCACCACCACCACCACGGCGAGGGCCUGCUGGAGGAGCGCUUCGCCGACUUCAGCCCCUUCCCCGGGCGCGGCGGCCCCGCCGCCGUGGUCUUCGAUUGUUCGGGGGAGCACCCGGGCCGGGAGGGCUCGCCCCACGCUUGGGGCGGCGUGGUGGUGGCGGGGCGGCUGCCGACCCACCCGCGGGCCGCCUCCCGCCUCCUCAAACCCGAGCUGCAGGUCUGCGUCUUCUGCCGGAACAACAAGGAGGCCGUGGCCCUCUACACCACCCACAUCCUCAAGGGACCCGACGGCCGCGUCCUCUGCCCGGUGCUGCGGCGCUACACCUGCCCCCUCUGCGGCGCCAGCGGCGACAAUGCCCACACCAUCAAGUACUGCCCCCUCUCCAAAAUGCAGGCGGCCAAACAGCUCAAACACGCCCGGACCGCCCUGGGGAAGAAGGGCCGUUAGGCGCCGGGACCCCGGGGGCGGCCCGGGCCUCCUCCCGUCUGUUUCCUUUGGGGUUUUGGUUUUUUUGUCUUUAAAGCGGAUGGCGGUUUUGUUCUUUCCCACAUUAAUAUAUUAAAGGCGGAGACCGGCGAGCGGGAGCGCCGGGCCGGUGUCGUGCCGCCGGUGGCGUCUGGUGCGCGCUGGCCCGCGCGGAGCCCGGCGCCGGGCCGCGGGAAUCGCGCAGCUUAGAUGCACUGUAUUUGUUUAUUGUAAGAAAAAAAAAAUAUAUAUAUGUGAUUUUUACGGAAACGGA